AGUUGAGCUCAAUGUGAGCGCGCGACGCGGAAGAGAAGAUGCGCUCUAGACUCUCCCUCUACGACUCUCCCAGCAUCAACCUUUAAGGAUUACUCUGUUUUUCCUCAUAUUAUUUGUUUGGGAGCUACUUUUGGUCCGUGAACAGAUGAACACACGGACAGAAGUGGGACAUGAUCACACUGUUUCCAGAGUCUGCUGUGUUUAGUGUGCUUGAUCUCCAGAAGCGACACAGGGAACCGUUCCUGCACACACGGAUCGUUUGCCCGUUAAAGCGUUGAAGAUGUUGAGCGCGCGCACCGGACACAUCCUGCACCCGGACUAUCUGCAACCGUUACCGUCCGCUCCCGUCAGCCCCAUAGAGUUGGAUGCCAAGAAGAGUCCCCUCGCCCUCCUCGCACAAACAUGCUCCCAAAUCGGGAAAUCGGAUCCGCCGUCCUCCUCCAAACUCUCCUCGGUCGCCUCGGACAAAGACUGCAAAUCCAGUCCGCUGAAGAUCAGCGAUAUCUGCGGCGAGGACAAAUCCAGUUUCAAGCCAUACGGCAAAUCGUCCGAGAGGAAAGACACGGAUAAAUCGGGAUUCCGUGUUCCGAGUGCCUCCUGUCGGCCGGUGACGCCCCGGAGCCCGGGCUCCUGCAGCUCCGUCUCUCCUCAACCCGGAUCGGGGAGGAAGGAACGCGACGCGGCUAAAACGCCGGAUGCGUCCGGAACGAGAACCGAGAGCGAGAUGAGCAAACAGGAUUCUUCCAAACCAUCGGUGUCCGACAGCAUCCCGGCGUCGUCAGUGUCAUCCGCUCUGGGAUCCGGACUCGUCGCGCCGGUGUCGCCUUACAGACCGGGUCACGCCGUAUUCACACCGUACCCCGGAGCCCUCACGUAUCCCGCUUACCCUCAACCCUUCCUAUCCCACGGCGUGGCUCUGGAUCCGAGCAAACCGGGCAGCGGUCAGCUCAUCAAUGCUCUCAGCAGCAAGGCGGGGUCCAGUCCCCUCGCCGGAGCGUCUCCUCCAUCCAUCAUGUCCAGCGGUGUGUGUAGAGACCCGUUCUGUUUGAGCUACCACUGCGCUAGCCAUCUAUCACCUAGCGGCUCUCACGACAGCGCGGCCGUGGCCUUAAAACCCGGAUACCCGCUUAUGUACCCCAGCCACUCCCUGCACCCGUUAUCCCCCUCUGCACCUUCAUUCCCGGGACACCCGUUAUAUCCGUACGGCUACUUCCUUUCUAAUGAUUCCCAGACGCAUAUUUGCAACUGGGUUUCCGUGAACGGUCCGUGCGACAAGCGCUUCUCGUCCUCGGAGGAGCUUCUGAGCCAUUUGCGGACUCACACUGCGUUUGCUGAGAAGCUGGUGAUGGGAUAUCCGAACUCUUUAGCCAUGGCUUGUCAUGUGCCAGGAGCCCCGCUGGCGCUCAGGACCCCUCAUCUCGCGCUCGGCUCACGGUAUCAUCCCUACUCUAAAAGCCCGUUAACAUCGGGUGGUGCACCGGUUCCGGUUCCCGCCGCCGCCGGCACGUUUUACUCUCCAUACGCUCUUUAUGGACAGAGACUGACCACUGUGUCUGGACUCGGAUAUCAGUGAGAAACUGAUUUAUUUUUCUUUUUUUUUAAAUGUUUUUGUUCGGCUCAGGACUAUCUGAUUGGAUCACUAUUUAUUAAAGUUAGCUUUAAAGCGAAUUAAUCAAAACAAGAGUCACAUGGCUUAAUUGAAACUGUAACAGACGUAAUUCUCUCAUAAGAAACAAGCCACACUGUGUAAUGCCAAAAUCAUAGACAAAAUUUGCAUGUUUGUUUUUUACAUUUACUUGAAUUCUAUUUUAAAGUUUUUUGGGGAGAAAUGUUUUUACUGUGCAACUCAGGGAAAAACGACAUUAAUUAAAGAAUAACUCGAUUCUG